CGACAGUUGUGUUCGCUUUCCGGCAAAAGUAGGUUACAAAAAGGUGCGGGUUUCUGGGAAAGCAGAUUGGGGGAUAGCGCUGUACGCAGGAUGUGACGGAGGGGACAUUUUCAGAGAAGCAUGAAAGAGAGGAGAAAAGAACGUGUGAUGAAAGACCUUUCUGGGGUGUGUGAUGGAAGGACUGGGAAAAGACAGCUCCAUAUGCAGCACUAGACCCCUCCCAUGGCUCAGCCACUCCAAAACAGAGCCAUCAACCUUGCUAUGGAAAUUCAAAGACUGCUUCUCCAGCAAUGAAACCAAUUCCCUUCAUCAUAAAGACAAAGAACACAAUUACAUGGACAACAGAAAGGCUGCUUUGGAAUUGAAAGAUGUCCCUCCUCCUCCACAGCAUACAUCUUCUUCCCAAUCAUCCCAGCCCUUUUCUCUGGCCCCUCUCCCUUUGCCUCCUCCCUGCUUGCCUCUCCCUCAGCUUACACAAGACCCCCACCAACAACAGCUACCACCACAGCAGCAACCAGAGGGGACUAGCCCCAAAGUAAGCUCUCAAGUACGCUCUCACUGUGACUAUUGUAGCACUGAUGGGUAUGGGUUAUUAGGUGGUGGAGGUGUUGUUGGUUGCAGUAGUAGCAUUGCUGGUGUUGUCUCACUCUACAUGGAUCCAGGCUAUUUAGGAGCACCCAUCAGCAGCAGCAGUAUUGGCAUGUCUGGCCUUUGCUCUGUAACUUCAUCUGUUCACCAGUAUAAGCAUAACCUGAGCUGUGGAAGCAGAGGUGAAGUUCUUGAUCCUUUGCUGGGUCUUGAUUACAAACCUCAGCUGCUCUCAUCUGUGGCUACCUCUCAACCUAUUUCAUCGCACCCCUACCUCCCCUGCUGCUCAGGGCAUAAUCACACCACCCAAUCUGUUCCUCUUCCAUGUAGUCAGCCCAGCCUGUUUACCCCCUCUGCACCUCUGGCUUCCUCUUUGCCUUGUGUCCCUUCUCUACCUGCUCCCUUGCAUGGUUCUUGCCUGGUCUCUUCUGGCUACUACCCCUGUGGUGUUGAUUGUUGUUCAUCAGCCAGAAGAUCCCAGAGAAGCACAUUCUGUGAUCACCCAACCACGACCACCUUCACCACUACAACCACCUCAGCACACUUCUGUUCUAAUCCUGUUCAUGUAAAUGUAGAACGCACUGUUUGUGUAAAAGGGGCGCACUGCUGCCAGGAGUACCCACUGAAGACUGCCCCUGUCCAGAUCCCCAUCUGUAAUGGCUGUGGCACCUCCUCAGAUGGCAUUAUGCUCCUGCAAUCAACCAGCCUUAGCAAGACGGGCCAAAAGUAUGGUUCUCCAGAGACUUGUGUUCCUGAAAACAUCCCUCCAGUGGGUGUCUUUUGGGAUAUUGAAAACUGCAGCGUACCCAGUGGACGCUCUGCAGGAGCAGUGGUUCAGCGCAUUCGCAGCCGAUUCUUUCAGGGACACCGUGAGGCAGAAUUCAUUUGUGUCUGUGAUAUAAGCAAAGAGAGUAAAGCUGUCAUCCAAGAGCUCAACAACUGCCAGGUCACUGUGGCACAUAUCAAUGCCACAGCCAAGAAUGCUGCAGAUGAUAAGCUUCGCCAGAGUCUGCGACGCUUUGCCGAGACCCACACUGCACCUGCAACAGUUGUACUGGUAUCCUCGGAUGUGAAUUUUGCCAGUGAGCUGAGUGACUUGCGUCAUCGCCAUGGUUUCCAGGUUAUCCUUGUCCAUGGUAGCCAUACAUCUUCAGCCCUGCUACAGCAUGCCCACUGCCAUGUGGCCUUUCAGGAGAUCACAGCUGAUCUGCCACCUCGUAUGCCUAUCAAAGAACAGCCCAGUUUCAACCUCCUAUAUGUGCACAACCUCCCUGUCAACUGUGACAAGAGCCUGCGGAACGCUGUGAAGCUCAGGCUCCGCCGUCUGUCCGACAACUGUGGGGGCAAGGUGCUGGGCAUGUCCCAGGGUACAGCAGUCCUGCGGUUUGGCAGCCCUGAGGCAGCUGCACGUGCCCGCAAGCGAAUGGAAAAUGAGGAUGUGUUUGGUCGUCGAAUCAGCCUCUCCUUCUCCCCACGGCCCAGAGAUGAUGCAAGUCCUGAACCCGAGCUUCAGUCUCGGACCCACCUCUUAUUUCAGCCUCAGGCUCUUCCCCAGACUUAUCAAAGCCAGGACUCAAUGUUUGCCCCUGCCCCUACCAUAUCCUCCUUUUCCUUUCUGCCCCUGGAGAAGCCAAGGUCACCCAGGAGGCCAAGGCGAACAACCCGCCACUACAACAACCCAGGCCCCUUGCCUGAACGGCCCUACAGCCCCAGAAGAGGGUGCAGUGGGCCUCCCGGCGGUGCUUCAGCCAAGCCCCAUCAGGAACUGAGUAGUUUGGAAGUUAAGCCAAGAAUGGGCUUACACCACCUGGAGAAAGGACGUGCUGCUUCCACUUCGCCCCACAGUAAUGAUGAGACGGAGUCUUUGGAGAGGCUGUCCAAGCAAGGCUUUACUGGAGAACCCAUGUACAGGAAAAGGAGAGAAGGCUCCAACCCACGCAGUGUCACUGAAUCCCCUGUAGAACAAAUGGACAGGAGCUCGGCAGAGUUCCAGAUUAGCACACCGUCAGCGUUUAGCAAGUUGAAUCUUCACAGGAGCUUCAGUCCCCUUGUCCUGUCCCAAGGUUCCUGGUCAUCCAGGAGUGUGUCCCCCUGCUUGUCCAGCCGCUCCUCGCCACUCCUGACUGCACCUCGUAGCCCUCAUCCAGAACGACCUCCUGAGCCUUUCUCAGAUGGGGCAGAGAUCCAGGUGGCCAACCUGGACUACAGAAUGUCCCGCAAGGAUUUGCAGCAGACGUUGCGUGAAACAUUCUCCCGAUAUGGGCAGGUGAAAGCUGUGGAACUUAGCCCUCACACUGACUAUCAGCUCAAGGCCACGAUCCAGAUGUUGUCCCUUCAGCAGGCCAUAAGUGCAAUCAGUGGUCUGCACCGUUAUAAAGUUGGAGGAAAGCGCAUUCAGGUGUCUCUGAUCACUGGUGGCAGCAGUAAAUCCCUCUCCAUGCUCGGCACAGAGAUCAUCACCAUACUUCAGGAUUCACCUGCCAGCUGCCUUCCCCUAUUCAAGUUCACAGAGAUCUAUGAGAAAAAAUAUUCUCGUAAGCUGGUGGUUGGGGAUCUGUACAAGCUACCAGAGGUGGUAGCAGUGCGGGAACAGGGAGGCUCAAGGCUUGUGUGCCUUCUUCCUAGCAGUCAAAUUCGUCAGAGUCCCCUUGGAUCUUCCCAGUCUCAGGAGGGCUCUUCCUCUGCUAGUGGAAGCCCUGUGGUGUUUGAGGAGUUGGAAUACCAUGACCCUGUCUGUAGACAACAUUACAAACAGCAGGACUUCAGUGAGGCUGACUUUGACCCGGACUCCUAUAAAAUCCCUUUUGUUGUGACAUCUCUAAGCACUUUGGCUUCUGAGAUCCACAGUCUACUCCAGUCACACGAGGGAACUCUUCCGUUACUCAGCUUUCCAGACUGCUAUGCAGCCAAAUUCAGUCCAAUGCAGUUAGGAAAUGAGUCACUGGAGGGAGGUGUACCCCUGGAGCAUCUCAUUACCUGUGUUCCCAGUAUUACAAUAGUAACAGCACAGAAUGGCUUUAAAGUCAUCAAAUGGAUCCACAACAAACCAUCAGCACCAAACUCAGAACCAUGGAUACAGCGCUGCAAGAGUCCAGUUGGAAAUCCCCAGCUCAUCCAAUUCAGCCGAGAGAUUAUUGACCUGUUGAAGAAUCAGCCCUCAUGCAUCAUGCCCAUGAGCAAGUUCAUUCCCUCAUACCACCAUCACUUUGCCAAACAAUGUCGUGUCUCUGACUAUGGUUACUCUAAGCUGCUGGAGCUGCUGGAGGCAGUGCCACAUGUCCUGCAGAUCUUGGGUAUGGGUACGAAACGUCUACUCACCUUGACCCAUCGUGCGCAAGUAAAGCGCUUCACUCAAGACCUGCUUAAACUGCUCAAAUUUCAGGCUAGCAAACAAGUGGCGAUAACGGACUUCAUGCAAGCCUACCACUGGUGCUUCUCCAGAGACUGGAGGGUAGUUGACUAUGGCAUAUGUGACCUAAUGGAUCUGCUGAAUGAAAUCCCUGACACCACCAUCACUAUUACACAUCAAGACACAGACACGGUCAUCUCUGUGCCCAAGAGAGAGCGAACAGUGGAGGAAAUGGAGCGUACUAAGCAGUUUGGGAAGGAGGUGGUGGAUCUUCUCCGUCACCAGCCUCACUGCAGAAUGCCUUUCAGCAAGUUCAUUCCCACCUAUCACCAUCAUUUUGGCCGUCAGUGCAAGCUAAGCUACUAUGGCUUUACUAAGCUUAUGGAACUUUUUGAGGCAAUUCCUGACAUCCUAAUGGUGUUGGAGUGUGGUGAGGAGAAAGUGCUGACUCUGACAGAAGUUGAGCGCAUCAAGGCCCUAGCAGCUCAGUUGGUCAAGCUGCUUCGGGCUCAGAAAAACUGUAGCCUUCCUGUCAGCCAGCUGUUAACGGAGUACAGCAACACUUUCGGUUAUGGUCUACGACUUCAAGACUAUGAUGCCAGCUCCCUGCCAGCUCUGCUGUCCAAACUCUGCCAUGUAGUCAAGGUGGUGGAUGGCUCUGAGAGUCGAGAAGUGCAAUUAAUCAACAGAAAGUCUCUGCGCUCCCUGACCUCUCAGUUACUGGGUCUGCUUAUGUCCCAAGAUGAUCAACAAGUCACCAAGGGUAUCAGAGUUGAAAUGUUAAGCCAGCAAUAUCUGUCAGUCCAUGGAGCCUUGCUCAAUCCAUGUGAAUAUGGGUUCCUCUCCCUCAGCGAGUUGCUUAAGAGCAUGCCAUACCUUGUUGAGUUGUACCACGAAGAAAGGGAUGACAACAGCACAGCUGGUAACACUGCCAGUGGUCGUGGUGAGGAGUGGGUGAGGCUGACUUUGCUUUACCAGUUUGCCCGUAAUGUACGUGCCCUCCUCCACACCUACCAUUACAACCAGAUCUUCUUGACUGAGUUCUUGGGGGCCUACAACAAAUUUACAGGCUGCACUCUUGAAUCUCGUUUCUAUGGAUACACCAGCACAGAUGAGUUGCUUGGAGCCAUUCCACAGGUGGUCUGGAUCAAAGGUCAUGGUCACAAGAGGAUAAUCGUGUUAAAAAAUGAUAUGAAAGCAAGAGCAAGCACUUCUUCCCCCAGCAGCCCCAGGCCAGGAGAGAGCAUAGGGAGUCCGAGAGACAGCCCCUUUAGCAACUCAACAUCUGGAGCUCAGAGCCCAGCUGGUGAUACAGUGGCAGAAUCAGAGCUACUAUGCCUGGCAUCACCAGUAGACCUGCUGUGUGGUCCUGUACCAUCCUGCCUGCCUUCACCUCAACUCCACCCAGAUCCCGUUCUCCUCCAGAGGGCGGACCUGAUUCACUUUGAGGAGAAAAAUCCAACAGCACAAACACCAGUGAAUAAUGAAGCUGAGGUGGUGACUGCAGUGGUUGCAGAUAGCACUACUGAUCAACACGAGCAGCCUGGUUUAGUAGAAGACUCUGCAGUGUCCAAACUUCCAGUGCCCCCUGACAUGAAGACUAACUUGUCCAUGGACAGUCCAGGCAGAAGAGCCAUGCGCAGCAAAAUAAAGUUAGCUGCAAACUUCUCAUUCCCAGCAGGCCUCUGAUCCUUUUCACACAUCGACACAAGUAAUACUAGUUCAAACUUACUGUAACUUGUUAUGCAUAAAUUGGCCAGCCACAGUGUAAGCACUUCACCAUACUAGCCACACAACAACACAGCCAUUGUCCCAUCUACAUCGUUACAGACUGUUACAUUUUUCUGCAUUUGCUCAUCAGCCAUCUUUGUUCCUUUUGUUGUUUACACAGUCGUCAUUCUUCUGAUGAUUUUCACAAAGCUGCAAGUCUCUGCAGAUUUUCUUCAGUGCUUUUGUUCUGCGAGAUGCAUCUCUUUUAACAUUUCUUUGAUUCUAUCUGCAGGAAAGUUUAAUUAUAUUUGUCAUAUUGAGUUCAGGGCCUCAGUGGCUUACCAUGAAUGCAGUCUGAAAAUGAGCUAGUUGUCACUGUAUACAGAGUAUCAGUUAACAUUGGGGGAAAUGUAAAUGUUAAAUGACUAAGUUUUCUGUUAAAUCCAAGAAAUUUAGUGAACUUCAUUCAGUUUAUUGACAAGAGCGUUAAUGGAGAUGCUGUGUUCAUAUUCCAUAUUUAAAGCUUCAUGCAUACUGUCCUUUGUUAUCCCAAAGAUGGAGCAAUUAAUUGAAAACAUUCAUGUUGAGGUUGAUGAGAUUUCCCUUUAUAGAUGGCAAUUGUCCUGCCAAAUGAACUGGCCUCUUGAGACCCUCCAGUUUCAUUUUUCAAUCGUCAGUUUGGUGAUUAUUUCUCAAGAGGUAGCUUCUUUUGAGGUAUUGUCUCAGCUUUUGUCUCAGUUAAAAAGGCCUCUUAGGACAGUAAUUUAAAGGCAUUUAAUGUUAUGCAGUAUCUAGCCAUCUGUGGAAAAGCUUGGCCUAAAUGAGUGUUUUGUUUACUGAGGACUGAAUGAUGGACUGAAGAGAUGGCCAUAGUGUUGACUGUUCUGCUAGUGACCUUUGUGACUGGAAGCCAGCAGUCUUUGAACAGACAAGCAUUGUUGGCCAGGGUUUGAUUGGUAUUGCAGUUAAAAUAAUUCUCAGGAAUUUUUAUUCUUGUAGUACUUUUACUUAAUUUGUAGCAAAGAUUUUGGCCUAUCUCUGAGGGCCACUAAUUAUACCUAAAGAGAGAAAUGAUCUCUACAACUCCGAUCAGGCUUCGUUCAAGCAACAAGAACUGUAAUAUACUUUAAUGUUUGGCUUCAACCAGCAGCCAGUAUGUUAUUCUUUUUAUGUAUUUGUCUGUGUGUGGCUUACACUGGAGUAGGUGGUGUGUAAUAUGAACAAUUUGCAUAACUGAGUUUAUGCAUAGUGCAAGCCUAGGUUGAGCAGACAGGAGCAGUAAGACAUUCUUUAAGAUCACUCUUUUUAUUUCCACCAUAUGUUAGGGAUAUUACAGUUGGGUUUGUCCAUGCAGUUGCUGCGUAAAUGCUCAAGGUUUUUUAUUAAUUAACCUUGUUGCUGAUGCUGCUGUUACUGUAUUAGUGGUAAUGUCAAAACUGCCUAAGUUGGAGAGUUUAAAGGGAGAAGUUAGGAACUCCUGUUUUUUGAUUUUAAUGAAGGUGUGAAUGGUUGUGAGUUUUUUAAAGAAAGAAGUUGGGAUGGGAGGUGGUAGGCUGUUUGUGACACACCAUGGGGUUUCUAAAAAGCCUCUUGGACAGACUGAUGUAUACACAGAGGACCCUCUGAGGCUCUCUGGAAUUUACCGGGCUUUUACAAUGGCUUGUAUUUGCCACGGUGCUAAGGAAUCACUAUCAUAGCUCCCUAUCCCUGACAUCUCACAUAAAGGAGUUUUUACCUGCCACUGGUGUGUGCUGUUGUUGUUUUCACUAGUGUUCACAAGACUGCUGGCUGCUGAUAAACCAUUCAGUGAAAUCUAGAGCAAGUAAUGUUUAACACAGCCACUGAAGUCAAGGAGUUGUUGUCUUGUGUUAAAAGUUAGGGUUCAAAGAAUGGGUGAGAGCCCAUUUUAUCAGUUUCUCCCUUGUUUCAAUGUUGCUCUUAAAAUAGUGAUUAUUACACAAGUUAAUUUUUCAAAACUGAUUUUGUGUGAAGAGCUUUAGUAGCUGAGAGAUUUCACCUGCUGACACACCAAAAUGUCUAAAAUGGCUGUCAAAAUGUUUUAAAUUAGGAUUUUUGGGAUCAAGUCUCUCCUACAGACAUCAACUGUCUAAAACUGUGUUAAUUAAGUAAUGAGCAUUUUUUGUGAAAUAGCCAGUCUUAGGAAUGAUAAUGUAUCAGUAAUGAUAAAAUGAUAUGAUGCUCCAAGGAAUAUCUUGAUUUAACUUUGGUGGUAAGAAUUUGUUACUUAGUGAAUCUGAACAAACCAUAGCUCUCCGUAAGAGAACUGCAGUGGCAACUAACUCAUGAAAUCUUUAAUUUUUUCUUGUAAGCAUUCGACGUAGUUUGAUUUCAUCAGUGAGAAACUAUUGUAUCUGACAGUAUAUGCACCUUUGCAUAGUUUUGAUUAAUGAUAUAUACUUGGAAAGUCAGGCCAGACAUGCUUUUGUUUGACUGUAUCUUACUUUCCUUGUUUAUUCAAUUGCAUGACAGCUCAUCUUAAUUUAUCAGUGUCCUUAAACUCCUCCCUUCUUUGGAUGUUCAGGUCAAUAAUUGUCUCACUGGUGCAUGAACUGCCUUCUCUGUUACCUUCCCUACAUCAAACUGAUUCAAUGUCUCAUGGCAGAAACUGCUGUAACAGUCUAAUGUUGUUGAAGGGACCAAAAGAAUUUCCGUAAAUAAAUUUCACAAGCAUUAA